AUGGCCGCCUCGCCCCCAAAGAGCGAUGUCCUUCACACAAGCCAGUCCGUCGUUUCAGAGCCUAACCAGAUGGGAGGCAUCGAGGAGAGCACGCACUCAGCGGAAGACGCUGAUACUGCAGUGUCCGUUCAAAACACUCGCAGUUCUCGCGAGAAUGGUCCAACGCGGGCUCGGGCUGAAGCAGAAUGGCACCUCCGUCGCAAAGUCGACUUGCGCUUGUGUACCAUCGCCGGAAUAUUAUGUAGCCUGAAUCUUCUGGACAGUGGUAUCAUCUCUUCUGCCUCGGUGACUAGCAUGUUAUCAGACUUGCAUCUCACAGGCGAUCGAUACUCGGUCUCAAUAUUCAUCUUUACGGUGGCAUCGGUGUGCUUUCAACUACCUGCAACCAUACUCAUGCGGCUCAUCGGGCCCAGGGUUUUCUUUUCAGCCACCACCUGUACCUUUGGUCUCAUCACCAUGUGCACUGCCGCCAUCAGCAGCUGGCGACAGAUGAUUGCCUUGAGAGUUCUUCUCGGCAUCUCCAUGGCCGGCAUCUAUCCUGGCUUGACCUAUCUGAUAUCAACAUGGUACACCCGACGCGAGCAGCAGCUACGGUUCGCUCUGCUGCAGUCCGGCGAAGUGGUGAUUCUCGCCACCGGCUCAAUCGUCAACUACGGGUUGAAUCAUCUCGACCACCGACAUGGAUUGAGAGGCUGGCAAUACAUGUAUCUCGUCCAAGGCGCCGUCACCAUCUGUAUCGGCAUCGUCACCUAUUUCUGGAUGGUUGACUUUCCAGAUCGCAGCGAAAACUCCUUUUUGUUCCUCUCUGAAGAAGAACAGGAUCUCGCAAUGUCCCGGAUCAAUGACGAUCGCCGGGACGCGGGGAAGCCCGAACCGUUCAGGCUGUCGGCGAUCUUGGUUCAUUUUCUCGACCCGAAGCUCUACGUGUUCUGCGUUCUGUUCUUCCUCCUCAAUCUGGUGUCGACCGCACUAUCGUACUUCCUGCCGAUUAUACUGCAGAACGGGAUGGGCUUCGAUUCCAAUGACUCUAUCCUGCUUUCAUCCCCUCCCUACUACUAUGCCGUCAUCCCAGCUCUCCUGACUUCUUUCAUCGGGGACAGAUAUCGGAUGCGGGCGCCGACUAUCAUUUUCAACGCUGUCAGCCUGAUUGCUGGUUUUUGCAUGCUCGGCUUUCCUAGUCAGGUGACGGUGCGAUACAUCGGUACCUUUCUGGCGACUGGGGCCUAUGUCUCCAACUGGUCGGCUCUCAACGCAUAUCAGGCAAACAAUGUAGUUGGACAAUGGAAGCGGGCGACAGUGGCAGCAGCUGUUUCGGGCUGCAACGGUCUGGGCGGGAUAGCUGGCAGUUACAUCGUGCGUCAAACAGAAGCUCCUCGCUACAUGACGGCCAUCUGGGUGAGCAUUGGAAGCCACAUUUUGAUGAUCGUUCUGGUCGCGGCCUGCACGCUCUGGUUCUGGAUGAUGAACCGCAAGGCCAAGAAGGGAGACCAUGUCAUUGAAGGAGUACCGAAUUUUCGAUAUACGUAUUGA